AUGACCUACCCCAGCUCCAUCCUCACACCCACUUAUCCCCAUCCUCGGGGAGUUCCAGCCCUUUCCGCAGUACUUGAGAAAGGUCCUGCAAUGGGCUUCCCUCGCGCAGGGCCCUUCCCCAGACACCUGAAGGGGAGGUUCUUUGGACUGUCCCCCAACAGCUUGGGCCCAGCCUUGCCCUGGUUCUGCUUGUCUUCGAGGACCCCCCACGUCCGCCGGCCGCCGCCUCCAGUGCAGCUCUCGGCCAGGGGUCAUUGGUGCAGGGGAGACCGCCCGCCCUGGCUUAAAGCGCGGCCGCCCCAAUCCGGGCCCCGGGCCCCGGCGGGUCCCCGGCCCUGGAGGCCCGGAGCAGUGGCGCCCCCGCCCCUAUGAGCGCACAAAGCCGGGGGUCGCCGGAACCCUGGGCCCCGCCGCGAUCGGCCGCUGGAUCCCGACCGCCCAGUGCGCACAGCGCGGCCGCCGGGUGCGAGGAGGACGCGCGGCAGCGCCAGCCUCCGGGCCGCGCUGGUUAGGUGGGAAUCGAGGGCAUUUCCUAGCGCCCAAGCCAUGGUGGCCAAACAGCGGAUCCGGAUGGCCAACGAGAAGCACAGCAAAAACAUCACCCAGAGGGGGAACGUAGCCAAAACCCUGAGGCCACAAGAAGAGAAAUAUCCCGUGGGACCAUGGCUGUUGGCACUGUUUGUUUUUGUUGUCUGUGGCUCAGAGGUUCCAGACGCACAGCCAUCCCGGGUCUGCUCCCGGAUGGAUAAAAGCUUGGCCCAGCCACGGGCUGCUUGCUGACUGGGCCACCGGGCACCCGAUCACCUUACCCUUUUCUGGACCUUACUCCAGGACAGAUUGGAAUUCACCAAGUCUGCGGGUCGACCAAUAAACACUGGCCUUUCCUGGAGACCUCCAGAACGAUCUCAGAAUUAUGACACCUGAAGUGGUUGUCACCCCCCUCCCCCCGAGGCUGGCCAGCAGGAGGUUUGAGAGACUGAGCAGGCCUGCAGGAGCCCUUCCGUUUCACCACUGAGGAAGGACUGAGGACAUUCCUCUGCUCGGGAACUCCUGCCUCACGACCUGAGGUGGACACUCUGAAAAAGAUGUCUCAUCCGCCAUUGGCUCCCAUGAGGUGACCUGCGACCUCCCGCGUUCUGUGCUGCCCUCUGCCCUAUGCCCCAUGGAGCAUUUGGGUUUGUGUAUGGUCUGCCGCUCAGAAGAGCAUUGCUGUUGUCUGCCAUUUUGCUGGGCAUAGAGGGCAUCCCAUUCUUAGCUAAUACUAUCCCUUCUUUCCACAGUGCCUUUCUGCCCUCACGUAUCCUAGGCACCUCUCUCUCUUCCCUCUUCUCCAUCUCUGGAGAAGAAACCGGGAAAUGCUACUGGGAAUAGUAUUGCCUUUGACUUUCUUUGUGCUGACUCCUCCUGAGAGCUUAAUGACUCACCUUUGCAAUGUCUUAUUUCUUGACAUUUCUGCUUGUCUCUCACAGAACCUGUCCUUUUUUUCUUACCAGCUUUUUUUUUUUCAUUUUUUUAAAUGAAAAAUAAUCAAAAUUAUGUCAUUUCUAGAGUUGUCUUAUCUUCCUAAACGAUAUUCCUCUGGCCUGUCUCCUCUUCUCAGUAACUCUCUUGAUCUCGCUUAUCAUCAAUCUUAUUUUCAAUAAAAGGGGCCUUCUGAAGCUUCCUGUUGUCUGGCAGUCAGCUGUCUGGCAGCCUCCUAUUGUCUAGCUGUCUGACAGUUUCCUGGGGGAUCCCUUCCUGUCAUCCCCGUGUCCUUCUGGCACCCCCAAUUAGCUGGGAUAGGUCAGUCCCCAGGGUAAGAGAGGGUUGGGAUGACACAGUCCCAGGACUUAAGGAGUUUAUGGUCUUUCAUGACUUUCCCUCCCCUCCAAAGCCUGAGCUCUUGCAACAUUGGAAUGUAAAAGUAGUCAUUUGAUGUCGACUCUUGAUUCACAAAAUAAUUGUUUGAGGUUUUUAAUAUGUGUGUUUCCUCCAUGCUCUUUGCAAGUAUUCACCUUUUGUUCUUCCAAUAAAUAUUUACUGAGGAACUGUUAUGUGCCCAGAGCUGAGCUAGGCCCAGAGGUACAGUCAGGAGCAAAAUCAUCCAGGGUCUUAGGGUGCCUGGGUGGCUCAGUCGGUUAAGCAUCCAACUCUUGGUUUUGGCUCAGGUCAUGAUCUCAGGGUCCUGGGAUCGAGCCCCACAUCGAACUCCACACUCAGUGGGAGUCUGCUUAGAUAUUCUAUCCCCUCCGUAACUAUUCCCCCCCACUGCCGCAUUCUCUCUCUCUCUCUCAAAUAAAUAAAUAAAUCUUAAAAAAAAAAAUCAUCCAAGGUCCCUGCUUUCCUGGAGCUUACAGCCUAGUGGGGAAGCAAGAUGAGUUCAUCAAGUAGUCAUGCUGAAACAUGUGACAUUUCAGCCAUGACAGUGUUUGAAGGAGAGGCAUGUAAGGCUGUGGAAGCAUAUAACGCAAAAGGCUGGUAUCCUCUGGGUAAGUGGUUCUCCAGGUGUGGUCCCUGGACCAGCAGCCCUCAGCAUCACCUGUGACCUGGUUAGAAAUACACAGUCUCAUUUCCCACUCUGGACCCACUAGAUUAGAAACUCCGGAGGUGGGGUCCAGCCUCUAUUUUCACACGUCCUCGGGAGACUGUUGUACACACGCAGGUGUGAGAAUUCUUGCUUCAGAUGGCCAAAGAAGGCUUCCUUGCAAAAAUAACUUUUGGAUUAGAAGGGAAAACCAGGCAAUAGGGCAGGGUAGGAGAAGUCUUUCAGACAGAAAGAAUGGCAUAUGCAAAAGCCCUAUAGUAAGAGCAGAGGGCUUUUGAAAACACAAGGGAUUACCCCAAGAAAGAAGAGUGAUACAAGAUGCGUCUGGACAGGUUGAUAGAGCCAGGAUAUGCAGGUCAUGGAGGCGCCAUCAAGGAUUGGGCAAUAGGAAGCUUUUGAUGUGCUUUAAACACAGGGAUGACACAAUCUUAUUUGUUUUCAUUUAAAGAAUAAUUCUAGCUACAGGAUGGAGCAAGGAUUGAAGAGGAGCAAGAGUAGACCAGUUGGAGGGCAUCGCAAGGGUCUGGGGAAAGAUGGCAGUAACUUGCACUAGGGUAGCUUCCGGAGGCAUGGAGAGAAACGUGCAUAAUCACAAGGUACUUUGGUAAAGUCCACAGGUCUUUGGUGAUCAGUUGGAGGUGUCAAGGAGGACUCUGGCUUUUGGGGUUUACAUGCAAGGUGGAGGAUAAUGAUGCCAAGUUUGGUGGUGGGAAGAAAUCAUGAGAAGGUCCUGUUGUAGUUGAAGUGUCUUUGAGCCACCUAUGUGUAGAUCUCAAUUAGAUGGUGGAAGGUGUGGGUCUGGAGCUCUGAGGAGAAGUCAGGGCUGGCAGUACACAUAGGUGAGUCAUCAAAAGCCAAGUGCCAACUAAAAUUGUGGGCCAGGGUGAGGUCGCCCAGGGAGAAAGAAUGUAAUGAAUAGAAGAAAGCCAGAGGAACAUCAUUAUUCUUGUUUACUGGUCAGGUGGAGUUAGAAUGACCCCUGCAAAACCCAUGUAGUGUGAAGAGCCAAAGAGAAGGAAGGAAACUAGAAGCCAGGAGAAUAUAGUGUCACGAGGCCACGGGAGGAGAGGGCUGAAGGAAGGAGUGCUCAACAAUGGCAAGUAGGGAAGUAAGACAUAGAGGCAGCUAGAAAAGGCCCAUUGGAUUCAGUGACGUGGAGGGAGCUUUGUGGCUUUAGCAAGAGCUAUUUCAGUAGACUGAAGAGAGCAGAAGCUAGACUGAAAUGGCCUGAGGUGGGGAUUGAAGGUAAGGAAAGGGAGUGACUAUAGACAGCUUUCUAGAAAAGGUGGUUGAGUGGAAGAGAGGGCACCUGUUGUCGGCAGAUGUGGAGUCAGGAGGAUCAUUCCGGUUUGUUUGGAUGUGAAUGGUUCUUGCAUGCGAAAGCCUAAGGAUUUCAUUGCAAGGGGGUGGUUAAAUAAAAAGAGAGAUGUGGCCAUUGGAGGCUACCAAAGAUCAGGAAGCUAAACAGGUUGCAGAAGGCAAAGGCUCCGGGAUUCUGUAGCUCCUUCUCUAGCCUGGAUUUUUCUGAAUCUCAGUGACCUGCCCAAGGCCAGAUGCCCUGCCCUGGAAUGCCUGCCGUCCCUCCUUUUCUUGGCAUCUCUCCUCCCUGCUGUCUGGUUUACCCACAGCCCCUUUGCUACAGCCUGCUCAGCUGUUUUCUCAGCUUUGUUCACCCAGUGUUAAGUUAUUAACUUGUCAGGGUCCAGACUCCCCACUUCUUUCCCACUUUGAACACACUGUUGGCUCCCUUCCUGUUCUCUGCCUCGCGAAGUCAGCAUUUGUAAGGCCAGGGUUGCUCUGCGGGUCAUUACUGGGGGCCACACAGAAGUACAAUUACUGUAAUUGGUAUAGAAUGUUGAAGGCUUCUUAAAGACAUUAAUACAACUGAAAAAGGAAUAAUAAACACAACCAUCUCUCCAUUAUCUUAAAAGUGGAGGCAAAUGGCGAGCUUAAAAUAAACUUUACCCAAAGUCAUUUCUCCAAGCGGGUCCAGUUUUAAAGAGUCACCUGUAACCAUGAGAAGGACCAUCAGAUUCUCACAUGUUAAUUCACAGAUUCUAUAGGGUCAGAAGUGAUCUUUAGUUAGUUCUUAAAGCAGAUUCAGUAACUGGUAAGUUGUUUUAAUACAAGUGUUGCAACUCUGAAACAAGAAAAUUUUGUCUGAGAUUCUUUAGGGAAAUUUGCAGCAGGUCCUUAAGCAGAAUUGAGUGGUUUUAUCAUUACCUAACCCUUUUGAAGUCAUGAGUGAACUGAAUGGGGCAUGAUGGACUUAAUAAGGCACAGACUGUUUCCUAUUUGUUGACCUACUUUUCUUGUCUAAGGAUAAAAUUAAGGGAGAAAUAACAUUUUUGAGUAUUUUAUGAUGGACAGUUUUGCUUAUGUCAUGGUAUUUAUCCCUUGCAAUCCUUUGAGAUUCAUAUUAUCUACGGGCGUACAAAGAGAGAAAUCAGGUCUCAGAACUAUUUGGGAAUUUCCCAAAGUGCACACCUCUAGAGAACGGCCUGUGGCACUGGGUACUUGAGCUCCAGUCUUCCUGCUCAUGCGUGGAGAAGAAGCAGUCAUUACUGUAGGAAUGGUAAUAAUCAGCAAUAGCUCCCGUGCACCGAGUCCUCAACGUGCCCAGAGCCUUCGUCUGUGUCGGAUCAUUUAAUCCCUGUAAGAGCACCGCAAGCACCGUGGUCCUCAUUUUACCCAAGAGGCAACAGUCUCGAAAAGGUUAAAUUAUCCGUCUGGUCACACGGCUAUUCAGUGAAGACCUGUUUCCAUCUGACCCUAACAUUCCUCUGCAAACUUGUUUGUCAAGAUUAGAGAUGUUUCCCCGAUCCCAAGAACAUGAGGCAUGGUGGAUGUAAAUAGUUUUUCCCUAACGUUGAAUAUCCAGCUGCCUCCCAGCACUCCUGUUGAGCUGGAAGACGGAAUGUUUAUUUAAUUUUUAUUCCCUGUCAGCCUUGGGAGGGGAGGCCAGACCUGCCCGCCAUUUCCAUGAGCUUAUCCAUUUCUGUAAGGUGCUUUCUCACCCAUGCAGCAACUUCUGCCGUCAAGACCCAUCCCCAAACCCAGAAGCAGCCAAGGAGACCUCUGAGCACGACCAGAUUUAAAUAUCACGAGUUGUUGAAUUCACCCCUUCGCUGUAUCUGGAGAAGAGCCCCUCUGAUCUUCGCACGGAAUGGGCUCGCUUUAAUUUUCCACGUAAUUCUAACAGCCUCUGUGUCCCGCCGGGUCUGCGGCAACAUCCUAAUGGAAGAGGGCCCACCGAAGGCUGGUGUAGUAACCCCAGAGAGGCGAGCCGAAAUCAUCGUAAUGAACAAAACAGAAGCAGAAACGAGAGCCUAGCACACAGCCCAGUGGAACGCCUCGCAUAGACUCCAUGGCCAUAUUACAGCAGAGUCCAAUCAAUGACUGUUUUUCAUUAGGGUCACACUGAACAUUUACAAAAAAUUAAUAUGAUGUCAUGUUUGGAGUACAUUUGAUUUAGGAGAGUAGUGAUGAUGUGUGCAGGGUUUGGGGUUUGGUUUUUUUUUUUUUUUUUAAGAAAAAAAUGCAUUCAUGCUUUAUCUCUCCUUCAAAUCUAGCUGUCCAAGAAAGAUUGCCCAAGGCCCUGCGUGUUACUGGUCUUUGUACACCCAAAGCACAGUACCUGGUGCACAGUGCGUGCUCACCAACGUUAGAUGAUGAAAUGCCAACGACUUGUUUCCUGAGGUUUCUGGAGAGCCUGUUUUCCUGUGGCCUCUCAGCUGCAUUCCUGUUUAUUCUGUGUUUAGACAUGAUUCAGGGCAAGGAUAACCAGCCUCGCCUCAGAAACAAAAUCCUACCACACACGGUAGCUGCCGUGUCCCUCAUUCCCGUCGUCCUCAUCAAGACUGACCGACAUUGCCCUCUGGAGAGGGUGUAAAAUAGAAGCUGGGGCCUGACUUCCCUGGGAUGCAUUUGACCGCGAUACCUAGCACCAGGCCGGGGAGCUGUUGAACCAGCUCUUAGCAAAACAAGCCAGGGUGCCGGGAAUUCUCUGUGGGUUUAGAUGCUCCCCCCCCCCGCCCCCCAGCGGGAUAAAAUCAGUGUCGCUGGGGAUGGGAGCUCGCUGCCUUGCAGAACCUGUGCGCAGGCAGCCCGGAGAUCUGGCACCCAGGGCUCCCCGCAGUCAGGGGCCCGGCGCUUGGCGCAUCUGCUCCAAGCACCUGGCCCGCGUUCCCAGCUCAGGGGCUGCUGGUUUUCCAGGUCACUGCCGUUUGGAAAAGGCAGCCUCACUGACCUGUGAAAUGAGCGCAGUGCCCGUAUAGAAAGCCCUGUCCCCCUCGCCCCAGCAGCCAGGGAACACUUCUGCGGAAGGGGUGGGGGCAAAGCUCUCCAAGCGCCUGAGGGAAUUCUAGCCGUCACUCCUGAUGGAAUUAGCAGGAGUCAUCCAUAAAUCCCCGAGGCAUCCAUCAUCUAUCGGCAGGCAGAGCCAGGCUGCCUUUUUCUAAAGAAGUUCACUCACCUUUUGUUAACUUAACUCCUUGUUAGGAACUGUCUCCUCAGCUGUAUGCUCCCACCUCCAGGGCCCGGGGGUCAGCAGGAGCGGGGCUGGCUGUGGGCUGGGGUUUCCAGCUGCGCGCUGCCUGGUACCUGAGCUGUCUGU